UCACGUCCUUGAAGAGACCGUGUGGGGCUGGGGGGGGGGUAGUGGUUGGAGGUGGCCCCUUGUGUGGCUUUUGUCCUAAGGAACCACCCCUCCACCACCACCAUUCCGAGGUGAGUAGAGUCGAGGCAACUAGGCGGCUCAGUGUUCAAGCGAGAGAGAGCAAGUGUUUUGUAGCCAAUUUUCUUUCUAGACAUCUGAGCCUGGCCGGCUUUUUGGACUUGGUAUGAUGAUGUCAAGCGUGAAGUUGACGCUACAGUCGCAGACGAGGCCCCUGCUGGCGCAGACGCUCUGAAUCUCGCUCUCCCCGUCCUGCUGGGCAAACGUUUGCAGACAAGUGCAUCUCGGAACCGGGUCACAUUUCAGCCAGGACCCGCUCCCGCUCUGUAACCCCGAUCGGAGGAGGAGGAGGACGACGCCGAGGAGGAGGAGGAGGAGGAAGACACCUCCCAGUGCACGGUGGCAGGAAAGGACCCCUGAGGUUCUUUCUGGCCCAGUCGAGACCCCCACGAGCGGCCCCAACCCACGACCGCGAUGCGUGCCCCGGGCUGCGGGCGAUGGUCGCUGCUGUGGCUGCUGCUGCUGCUCGCCAGGGCCGCCCUGGCCCAAGGCGACGCCAAGGGCCCCCAGGAAGGCGAGACACCCGGCAAUUUCAUGGAGGACGAGCAGUGGCUGUCGUCCAUCUCGCAGUACGGCGGCAAAAUCAAGCACUGGAACCGCUUCCGAGACGAGGUGGAGGACGACUACAUCAAGAGUUGGGAGGACAAUCAGCAAGGAGAUGAAGCACUGGACACCACCAAGGACCCUUGCCAGAAGGUCAAAUGCAGCCGCCACAAAGUUUGCAUCGCCCAGGGCUACCAGAGAGCUAUGUGCAUCAGUCUGAAGAAGCUGGAGUACAGGAUCAAGCAGCCGUCUGUGCGCCCCCGCCCAGGCCAAGGCCCGGCCUGCACCCCCUGUCACACGGAGCAGCUGGCCUCGGUGUGCGGCUCAGACGGCCACACCUAUAGCUCACUGUGUAAACUGGAGCAGCAGGCGUGUCUGAACAGCAAGCAGCUGACCGUGAGGUGCCGGGGCCCCUGUCCCUGCCCCCGGGAACAGGCCACCACCUCUGUACCUGAUGGCAAAGCAGAGACGUGCACAGGCCAGGACCUGGCAGACUUGGGGGACCGGCUGCGGGACUGGUUCCAGCUCCUUCAUGAGAACUCCAAGCAGAAUGGCUCAGCGAGCAGCAGUGGGGCCAGUCCGGCCAUGGGCCUGGACAAGAACCUAGGGGCUAGCUGCAAGGACUCGAUAGGCUGGAUGUUCUCCAAGCUGGACACCAGUGCCGACCUCUUCCUGGACCAGAUGGAGCUGGCCGCCAUCAACCUGGACAAGUACGAGGUUUGCAUCCGCCCCUUCUUCAACUCCUGCGACACCUACCGGGAUGGCCGUGUCUCCCCGGCUGAGUGGUGCUUCUGCUUCUGGAGGGAGAAACCUCCGUGUCUGGCUGAGCUGGAGCGAAUCCAAAUCCAGGAGGCGGCUAAAAAGAAGCCAGGGCUGUUCAUCCCGAGCUGUGACGAGGAUGGCUACUACCGGAAGACGCAAUGUGACCAGGGCAGCGGGGACUGCUGGUGUGUGGACCAGCUGGGUCUGGAGCUGAGUGGCAGCCGCAUGCAUGGAAGCCCCGACUGUGAUGACCUCGUAGGCUUCUCGGGUGACUUUGGGAGCGGCGUUGGCUGGGAGGAUGAGGAGGAAAAGGAGCCAGAGGAGGCAGGCGAGGAGGCAGAGGAGGAGGAGGGCGAGGUGGGCGAGGCGGAUGAUGGCGGCUACAUCUGGUAGAGCCCGGUGGGCUGGCCCGACGGCAGGGCCAGAAUGGGCAGCUUAGCCGAUGAUCCAAGGGACACCUGAGGGCCCCUGCUGCUCCAGCGGGACGAUGGGGGUGGGGGUGGGCGCAGGUGGAGGUGCUGCCCUGCAAAGUGUGUGCGUUUGGAAAAUGUGAGAGAAC